ACCCCACCUUCCUCCUUCGCUUCCCCCCUUUCAAAGUUAUACCCUUCGUUCCUCUCCAACUUUUUCUCUCUCAAUUUCCAUCACUUUCUCACUACCCAAACACCAAACUUUCCUUAUAUCCUCUAUUUUAGUUUUUUUUCUCUUUUAUUUUUAUAAGUUCAUCUCAAUUUACUUCCAAUACUACUCUCUACCAACAACUUUCUUUUUAUUUUCUCUCUCUCGCUAUGACGGACCGAGUUUAUCCCUCGGCUAAACCAGCCGCCGGGAACGGCGCUGCUAACCCUGCGUUUCCGGCGACCAAGGCCCAACUUUACAGUAAUGCCCGCCCGGCCUACCGCCCCCAACCCCGCCACCGUCGCCGUAGCCGUUGCUGCUCUUGCUGCCUAUGGCUCACUGUCGCCAUCCUUGUCAUCCUCUUCAUCGCCGGAGUCGCCGGCGUCGUCUUCUACGUUAUGUACCGUCCCCAACGCCCUUCCUUCUCCGUCACAUCACUUAAACUGUCGUACCUCAAUCUCACCUCUACUAAUUCUCAGCUCAACUCCAAAUUCGACCUCAGUGUCACUGCUCGCAAUCCUAACAAGAAGCUUGUCUACACCUACGACCCUAUCUCCAUCUCGAUUUACUCCGGCGACGUCGAUAUCAGCGACGCCGUAAUACCGUCGUUCGUCCAUGGUAAGAGGAAUACGACCUUGCUGAAGACUUCGAUUGUGAGCAACCGCAGAGCGAUUGACACCGCGGCGGCGAGCGAUUUGAGGACGAACAUGAAGAGCAAGAGUGGUCUGCCAUUGAAGGUGAGGUUGGAUACUAAAGUGAAGGCCAAGGUUGGAGCGUUGAAGUCACCGAAAAUUGGGGUUAGGGUUUCUUGCGACGGAAUCAGGGUUACUCUUCCGACGGGGAAAAAGGCGGCGACGGCGUCAACUGCCAAGGCUAAGUGUAAGGUUGAUGUUAGAAUUAAGAUCUGGAAAUGGACCUUUUAAGCUGAAAACAGGGAUUUUAUGAGAUUUAUUUGGCAAAAAAAAAAAGGUGUGCUUUUGUUUUUUUUUUCUUUUAAUUUCAUUUGCAAGUUAUUGCUUUUUUCCUAGAUUAAUGUGAUUAAUUUUGUUAUACUUUUGUUUUGUGAUUUAAUAUAUGUUUUUUGUAUAGUAAUGAAGAGAAAUUGGUGAUCUAUUGUAUGAAAUAGUUCAUAUUUUUUUUUAAAA